AUGGCAGCUAUUCCACGGGAGGAGCCACUCUUGGCGCCCCCUGUCACCUUUUCCGAUGACCAAUCCUUCCAAGCUGAGGAAGAUGACGCCCUCCUAACGGGUCAACAAUCGCGCCGCCGUCACCCCGAAAGGCGGGGCUGGAUCUUCUGGAAGGAGAUCGGAUUACUCGCCUGGGCCAUAAUCGCCACCAUCCUCGUGGUCAUCCUCGGAGUCGUCUACCAACACGAAGCGUCGAAACCAAACCACACAACGAAGGACACAUGGGGGCCGGGUGGAAAGCCAUCCGGCAAACGGAACCUGAUCUUCAUGGUGUCAGACGGCAUGGGCCCCACCAGUUUGUCGAUGACUCGAAGCUUCAGACAGCACACAGAGGGCCUACCGAUUGAUAACACCCUGAUCUUAGACCAGCACCAUAUCGGCACAUCUCGGACACGAUCCAGUUCCAGCCUGGUGACGGAUUCGGCGGCGGGAGCGACCGCGUUCUCGUGCGGCUUCAAGAGCUACAAUGGAGCUAUCUCGGUACUCCCAGACCAUACACCUUGUGGAACUGUUUUGGAGGCUGCUGCAUUGGCGGGAUACAAAACCGGACUGGUUGUUACGACACGUCUGACAGAUGCCACGCCGGCGUGCUUUGCAUCCCAUGCCAACCUGCGUCAAUACGAGGACAGCAUUGCGGAACAAGAAGUUGGGGAGAACCCAUUGGGUCGGGUCGUUGAUCUUAUGAUGGGCGGUGGAAGAUGUCACUUCUUGCCCAACACGACCAGUGGUAGCUGCCGAAGCGACGAUCGGGACAUCAGGGAGGUUGCUACCAAGAAUGGGUUCAACCAUGUGAAUGAUCGAGCUGGAUUCGACGCGUUGAAUGGUGGCACCCAGGUCAAGUUACCGCUGUUGGGUCUCUUUGCUGAUACCGAUAUUCCUUACGAAAUCGACCGCCGCACGCAGAAUGACGUGUACCCGUCUUUGGAGGAGAUGGCUCGCACUGCACUGACUGCUUUGAGCGAGGCGACCCGCGACAGUGAGCAGGGUUUCUUCUUGAUGAUAGAAGGUUCGCGCAUAGACCACGCUGGCCACGGUAAUGAUCCCGCUGCCCAGGUCCACGAGGUGCUAGCCUAUGACAAGGCCUUCGCGGCCGUCGUGGAAUUCUUGGAGAAGGACUCCACCCCUGGAGUACUUGUGAGCACAUCUGAUCACGAGACCGGUGGUCUGGCGGCUGCCAGACAGCUCCAUCAGACUUACCCGGAUUACCUCUGGUACCCCGGUGUCCUGGCGAAUGCCAGCCACUCUGCCGAGUACACAGGAUCCAAGCUGCAGGAGUACACCUCCGGAGCCGGAAAGGAGGCAACAGAGUCGGAGAAGAAGUCAUACAUUCGUGAUACCCUCUUGAAGAAGUACUUGGGUAUCACUGAUGCCUCUGACACGGAGUUGGAUGCUAUUCUCAACCCCCCGAGCGGAGUUUCGGCAAACUACGUCUUUGCAGAUAUGAUUAGUCGCCGUGCGCAGAUUGGAUGGUCCACCCACGGACAUUCAGCUGUCGAUGUCAACAUCUACGCAUCUUCCACGAAGGGCGCCUGGCCCUUGGUAGGUAACCACGAAAACACCGAAGUGGGCACUUUCCUCGCCAAGUACCUUGACGUCGACGUCAACGAUAUAACCAAACGCCUCCGCUCCUCAGCCUCCUGGAGUGCAGACGAAGUCUCCGCUCAAGACUUCCACUGGAUGGGAGAUCCGCUAGGCUCAGAUAUCCAGACUGUGGGUUUCGAUACUUACCACGGAGACUUCAAGAAGCGAUCCCUGGAGGACUGUGGCUGUGGCGGACUCCACUAG